GUCAAACUGCACAAUGCAACAAUCAGAAUCUGGAAUUCCACUGAAAACUGGUCAAGUGACCUCUACCAACUGGAGGAGUAAUAGAUUGGAAACUACAAAUACUACUUGCACUAGUAAGCUGGGGGAGAACUUGAUGAUUGGCCAAGCCAGUAUGAAGACACAGAGCCAUAUUGGCUAUUUUGGCAAUGAAAGCUUGAAUGGAAGUCUUCAAAGUGCAAGUGAUAAAAGUGAAGAAUCAUUUUUAGGUGAAAAACUGAACCCCACAGCUAUGGAGGUUUUGGAAUUCUCUGACUCAGACCCAAUGGAAGAAUGCUUGAGGAUUUUUAAUGAGUCCCCAAAGCAAGAAAUCAAAGCAAAUACCACUGGAACUGAAGAGAGUUCUGUUGAGGACAUACAAAUAUCUGUGAAUGCAGCAAGUACUCCCACAAAGCAAAAGAAGAGGAUUGCUCACGUUGCAAAAUUUAAGGGCAGAUCAAGUUUUAACCGGGUGAUUAUUCCGCAUAUACCACCGGCAUCAAAGCUGAAGUGUCACAGUCGAAUUAAGGUGAUCCAACAGCAGGCUAUACAGAUAAUGGCCAAUGUUAAAAGUGGCCAGGCUUACAAAGCAACAGUGUCUGAUUGUCUGGCUCAAAAGAAGCUACUUGUGCAAAAUUCAAAGCUUCAGUCUGCCAGCAAUGUGGAAACAGUUUUCAGAGAUUCUUUCAGGAAGGUUCCAGGUGCUUCCUGUAGCUCUAGAGGUAAUGUGCCACUGACGGGAAAGAUCUUGGGCAGUGCAUCAAAAGCUGAACAUGACACUUUGCUGGGUCCGGCUGCGCCAGUCCCAGUUACACAGAGAACAAAUGCAAAGCGAGGUUCUAAAGUCUCCAAAAGUAUCCGCAAGCGAUACCUUGGCUUCUUUAUUGAAGAGUUUUUGAAGACCUCUUCGUCUCGUCAGGAAGCAGUCUGUAAGGCCAUAUCUGAGGAAAAGACCAUCUUCGACCGCAGCACAAGCAGGUUCAUGUAUCUGAAUGUAGCUGUGCAAGCUUUGAAGAUGCUUCGCAAUGUUGCAAAUCAUGAAUCUCUCCUUUGCUAUGGCCAGCACUCUGUGAAAAGGAAUAGGCCAACUUCGGGAGCAACUUUAGAAGGUGCUGCCCUUUACAGAGCACUCAAAGAUUAUGUCUUAAGUGAAGAUCAGCUCAAGAACGGAUAUCCUCAUGCCAACCCUGACAAACCAGGCACUGCUGUGUUGUUUAAUGAUGAAGCAAAGAAAUGCCUUGCUGACUCUUUUAUCCAGGUUUGCUGUCGUUGUGGAAUAUCAUUCUCUGUAGCACCUGAUGGAAAUUACAUCUCCAAGGAAGAAUGUGUGUACCAUUGGGGAAAAUUAAUAAGGCGGCAAGUUUCUAAUGGAUGGGAAUGCCGAUAUAGUUGCUGUGAAACGGUGCUGGAAUCUGUUGGAUGUCAGGUUGCUAAGUUGCAUGUCUACAAUCAAAAAGAGAAUCUUGAUGGAUUUGUGAAGACUUAUCUUAAGCUACUGCCUCUUGAUGGGAAUCCUGGCAUAUAUGCAGUAAACUCAGAAGUAUGCUACACAAAACAAGGAGCUGAACUGGCUCGUGUCAGUGUGAUCAACGCUGAUCUUGAAGUGGUUUAUGAUGAGUUAGUUAAACCAAAGAAUGAAGUAAUUGAUUACAACACAAAGUUUUCUGGAGUAUCCCAAGAGGAUUUAAUGAACGCAAAAACAACCCUUGGUGAUGUUCAGAGAACAUUACUAAGAAUCCUCAGUGCUGAUGCUAUUUUAAUCGGUUAUAGCUUGGACAAAGACUUGCUUGCACUCAAGCUUAUACACAACGUUGUUAUCGACAUAAUGUUUAUUUUUCCAUAUCACCUAAGCCUGCCGCAGAAACAUCCAUUGAAGAAUUCAGUGACAGAGUGUCUUCAACAUUUUGAUACAAGUAUCACACAAGGGUCUGGAUCUAUUGAGAAAGGGCGUGCAUGCAUGGAGCUCGUGCUGUGUAAAGUGAAGGAGGAUGCCAAAAGCAGGAAGCGAUGAGACCACUCGAAAGAGGCAGUAUUCAGAUGGAACAAUAAUUCUGGAUCCAUUUAAAAUGGGCAAUCCCUAGUGAAUUUUCUUGUUGAAGUUGAAUCUUCCUGUCAGUGCUUGUUUUUUGCCUUUUGUGGUUGUACUCUGCUUAUAUUCCUGGCAAAAGUUCAACUCUGUUACUGCUUUAGCCACUGGUUGUAUUUGCCAUUGCAUAUUUGUGUUAACAGUAUCAAAUGUUAGAAGGAGAAUACAAGUGUUAAUGCACACCUUGGCACUUAAAACACAUUUUCCCCUUGAAGGAAUAAGGGGGUUGGAUUACAUGUGGCUUAUUUAGUCCAGUAAUUGCUGACCUGUGUUGUGAUGCAAGCGAAGAAUUAAAUUAAUUAUUGUGUUCAGUGGUCGACAUGAGACCACAAUAGUAAAAGUAUUUUGACUGUUACUUUAAAUGUUGAAAGAUGAGAGAUUUUUCUGUUUUGUGUAGAAGUAUGACAAGAUUAUGUUCAAUCACUUCUAGUGCAAUCAAUAAACUUCAGUUGGUAUUCCAUAAAACCAGAGUGUGAUCCACAGCUAGGAAAGCAAAACUGUUUUUGAUGUAUUCUUGAUAGAAUGUGCAGCAAAACAGAGGCAAAAUGAUGGUCAUAAAAUGCAAAAAUACUUCUAUUCAGCUAUUAAAGCAAAUCAGCACAUAUCCAGGAUAGUUCUAGAUAUGGUUGAUAAUAGUUCUCUCUAUUAUUUGCCUGAUAUGAACUGAGCACCCAAGUAUGCUCACAGGCUUGCCAAAAUAACCAAUAUGUUAUCAGUAAAUUGCUGUUGUACUUUAAGAUCUAUGAGGAAAGACAGGAUAUUCUACAGUGACCUACAUGUGAAAAGUGCAGGAAGCAUUUCUAUAAUAAGAUCCUGCAAUUAACAAAGAUUUGAUGUCCUGCUUUCCAGAGCUUUUAUUUUGGUAUUCUGUCACAUUUAUUGGAACUGUUUUUAUUAAACAGGUGUUAUAAUUUUUUCAUUAAAGCAAGUGUAAAUUUGAUUGUAAAAGGUGCUACAAUAAGCCUUGCA